CGGUCCAAGGCCAGGAUCUGGAGUUUAGCUUGGGAGUUAGUUACGAGAGUGCCAUCGGCCUGGCUACCGUAUUUGCUGAGGACGAUACCGCAUGGCUCACUGCAAAUUGAUCAAGCUGAUUCAGCCUGAGGAAUCGAUGCAUCAAGGAGCAGACUGCGCAAGAUCCUUAGUGACAUCGGGGAAACAGUUCCUCCUUUCUGGACCUACGAGAGGAGGGACUGUCUGAUGUUUCGCUCUACACAGACGUGCGGACCGGGAUUGCGCCAGCGGUAAUUCACCACAAUGCUCACCGUGAUGGCAUGAAGUCGUUGAGGGAAGAGUGGUGGGAUCGUGCUUGGUAUCAAAAACAUGCUCGUACAUUGAAUGAUAGCCAUAUCGUUGCGCCACUUGGUCCUAUCGCCACCUCAGGUGGCCGACAAUGGUGGAGCCCCGAUGACUGGAAGGGUGGUGCUCGUGUUAUUCUCACCCCGAGACGAUGAGACCUGGGUGAGGUACGAAGA